AACGAACAGUUCAACACUUGAAUUUCAACUGAAAUCGAAACUAGAACAACUAUAUAUAGAAUCGUGGUGGCCAUUGGGCUCGAUUCAGGAUUAAUAAUACUUUGUUUGAACAGUAAGGGAUACGUGUCCUUCUAUUUAAGAAGAUACUUGAAAACAAAUGAGAAAUGUGUUAAAGUCAGGGCACAUACGCACUUAGUAAAAGAAAAAAAAGAAUGAGCGCUAGAAACCGGCGGACGUCGCAAAGGGUUGGAACUGCAGACGAAAAUCCGGAGUUAAAAACGAUAAAAGAAUGCCUUGGGACAGUGCGCGAAGAGCAAAUGAGCCAAAAGACGAUUUUAAACAAUGUAAUACAAGCUCAGACAAUGCUGUCAGAAAAUAUCGACACCAUACAAGAAACGCUGGAAUCGCUCAAGAGUGAAGAACCUAAUACAUUUUUGUCUGAAAAGGUCGACGCAAUACAGAAAACUCUGAAAUCCCUCGAAAUGCAUGGAUUACCAAACGGAGGAGGUGCUGACGUGGUCAGUCUUCAGGAAAACCGAACCGGAAAUCCGGCGCACACCAUCCUGACCGAGCCGUCUGGCGCGCGCAACAUUCCCGGAAAAAAGCCGCGAAGGUCAAAAAGACAGCGAAUAUGCGCGAUGAGCCCAGCUGAUCUGCCCGGAGAGCCGCUGUUUAAAAAUGAGCCGGAAGAGAACGACAUCAUCAACAAGCUGAAAGCCUUCAGGGUGGACGUGAACAAUUCCACAAUACAGUCCGUCUUGGGCGCGACCAAAGUUCCACCUUCGCCCACCUCGACCUCAGCCGCCAGCACGUUACUCGUGGUCGACUCCUCGCUGAGUAUGAAGGGAAAACCCUUCCAGGAGCUUAUUACGUUCGUCAACGGCUUCAUCGACGAGCUGGACAGGGCCAACGUGAACCAUGGUCUAGAAGAGCGACUGGCGGUGGUCAUGUGCGGCUCCCCCACCACGGUCCUGCAACCGUUCACCACGCAGUACGACGACAUUAGGGGCAUAUUAGAUCAAUGCGCACCAGACGGCAAGACACCGCUGCUGACUGCGUUGACUCUCGCCCUCUGCUACAUCGAUGGGAGAGGUGAAGCGCUUCAGCUCGGGGAGAAUACUCUUUUGACCCCUCGGGUGAUCGUCCUGUCUGACUUCAACCCCACCGAUGACAAGGAACCGUUCGAUAACGAGGACGAAGAAACAGGCGAAGAAAAUAAAACAAUACAAAGACACUUGAUACAGUUGGCGAAGAUUUACUGCCGACAGAUGUUGGGCCUAUACUGCGUUCCGGUGGGUCGGAACAAGAAUAAAAAGUUCGCACGCGAGUUGGCAGACAACUCAUAUGGCGGGGAAAUGGUUUCAGCAGAGAACUUUGAGAGCGCGGGACAUUAUCUCCGCAACCAUGUGAUUGCUGCUCGUGUGUGUGACGAUGUCGAGGCCUCCAUUGCCAGAAACGAGGACAUUGAUGUGGAAGAAAUCUUAAAGGAGAUUAUGUCUGAGGCGAAAUGCGGCGGAAAAGACAAGGAUGCUAUUGUCAAAGUAAUUGUGAAGCUUCGAAGCGGAAGUGAACCCGCACCUGCUCCAUGUGAAGAGAAACCGAAAAAAGAUUCCGGCUCUGAUCGGCCAAAAAAGCGCCAUCACAAGAAAGUACGCCAGGCAAAUCCAGAGACUUUGCAAAAGUACAAAGAAUACAUAGAGGAAAAGAAGAAAAGACCUGAAAUGCUACCAGUACUUUUCGACGAUACGGGCAUGGUAGAAUGGAAGCAGACCAAAAUGGAGUCCAUCGGAUAUGAGGAAUUCCCUAUACUGCCACCUCUUGGUUCCCGUGUAAAGCGUGGCCCUGACUGGACUCGUGGCGAAGACGAUGGUCACAUGCCGGGAACCGUUGUUGGUCACUUUGACCAUGAGAUGACAAUAGUUUUGUUCGACAACGACAAGCUGGUGUAUUGCAAGUACAAUAAGGAGGGCAAGUACGACAUCGAGAAGAUUGACGAACCUAGACGAGUACCACGUGACCAUAUCGAGAUAGGCUGCUCCGUCAAGCGAGGUCCAAACUGGCGCAAGGAAAAUGAGGACGGUGGACCCGAAAGUGUUGGGGCCGUCCUUAGAAAAUCGUCCGGGAGAAUGGUCAUGGUUCGCUGGCCCAAUGGUAUUGUGAAGCCCUACAAGUUCGGACAACACCACAGAUACGAAGUGGAGGUGACGAACGAGCCUACGAAUUUCAAAAACGAAGAUGUUGUGGAGAAUGCGGCCGACUCGGGUUUGACCGGUGAGGACGCCGCGGUUCCCACUUCCGGAGCAACGUCUGGACAGAGUAAAGCUGACAAGAUGCCGUGGUGGAAGUGGAAGGAUUCACAGCAGUGUUGGCGCCCCUUCUCCGAAGAAGCCGUAAACACACUGGAAGAGGCUAAAAAUAAAAAUCAACAAUUUGUCCAAGUGCAAUACAAGGGCAAAGACUUCAGGGUAUUGUUUAAUGAGAACAAGUGCGAAUUCGAUGGUGGAAGGUUCGACGUAGCUCGAGAACUUAUCAAUGACGACGAUAAGAUGUCGAUGAUCGAAAUGGAUAAAUACCUGUCGGCCAUAUAACACGAAUGCUAUGUGAUGGAUGACGCGUGCACCACCGGAUUGUUAGCCGGCGCUAAACCAUCUCUGUGGAUUUUGUGUUUCAAGACAAUUAAUUCAACGUAUCAUCAUAUAUUUUUUCUGAUUCAAUGUUGGGCGAAUUAUGAAAUUUAUUUCAUAAAUGAUCUUUGAAUUAUUGCUUGAAAUUCGUCAACACAUUAAGAAUAUUUUAUUGCUUCUUUACUGAAUUUGAUGUUUUAUGCGACGUACAUUUUCAUGGAUACACCGUGGUAAAAAAAUAAUUUUCAACAUAUGGCCCCGACGAACAUGCGAAAACAUGUAUUUUCAUUUAUUUUUACAUUACAUUUUACAUUCUUUUUGUUAGAUAUAAAACGUGUUUUACAUGUGAA